AUGGUGAAGCUAGUACAACGUAUGAGUCAACAGUUCUACUCGGGCAACACUGGCUCUCCGAUUUACAAGUGGGAGAUGUUUCACUUGGAGAAUGGCAACCCAAACACUCGUUUCAUGACCCGCAAGAACGUGAAUGAGGCCGGUAUGCAUACCGGGAUUGUCCUGAGUGCAGCAACUUGUGUUUGGCUCCCACUGAGCCAUCAAAGACUGUUUGAUUUCCUCAGCGACACAACACAUAGAAACUGGUGGGAUAUCUUGACCAAGACUAGCUCCGUGGAAACUCCCAUCUCGAUUCAAAAAGCAAAUUCCCAAAGCAACUUCUCUCUUCUUCACAUCCUUUGGUCUGGUAUGAGAGUUGUUCAAGAGUCUUGGUGUGAUACAUCGGGUGCAUACAUGGUGUACGCACCAGUGGAAACCGGGCAAAUCGCGGACGUCCUAGUGAGAGGUGCAGCUGCCGAUAAUAUCAAGAUUCUUCCCUCGGGAUUCUCGAUAUUACCAGACGGAGUGUUUGCUGGAGGAUGUCUACUCUCAUUCGGACUUCAGGUCCUGCUCUCCCAUAACCCAACCGGCGAACUCCCUCAAGCUUCUGUCAAAACUGUCGGGGAACUCAUUGAUUACACCAUUGCCAGGAUCAGAUCCGCUUUCCAUAUUUAA